CGCGAAGACUCACAAGAAGAGGAAGAGGAAGACACUCAAGAUGGCCGCCGUCAACCUACAAGAGUAAACAUUGGCGAUUUCCACUCGUACGGCCUCACACAAGCCAUGAUUGAUGCUUAGGGCGUGACGGACGGGAAGAGGAAGGACCAGCGGACAUUAAGAUGUCAAGUUCAUUUGUAAAAGACUGUUCAGACGUGUCAGCGCCGGGGAACACCAGCUCGGGGAAGACGGUGAUAAUCAUUGUAAACAACGACACCGGCAAUGUGUCCCUGGAUGGCAGCGAACUCCAGAAUCUAUUGGCGAGCCAUGGUGCCGAUGGGUCUCAGGUCAGUGUGGUGCGCAUGGGGAAUGGGGCCCAGGUCAAUGUGAGUGAGACUGCAGCCAGUACUAUCACUGCUGCAGCUGAUGGAGCUCAGCACGUCAAUCUUACUGUGGAGGGUUUCCCAGGCAUCCCUGUGGAAGUAGGGCAGGUUGGGGCUACUGGCAACUAUGCUGAGCUGCCGCUGGAUGCUGAUGCCUUCCAGCGACUGGAAAGUGUCCUGGACAGUGAAGAGGCGAGGGAAAUCCUGGGCAAGCCUCUCCUGGACAUGGUGGCCAACCCGGAGCAGCUUGGCCCCCUGGAGGACCUCGUUGACACCUCUUUGUUUGAAGGGGAGUCCCAGUCUGGCUCCUUGGCAGGGUACACCAUGUCCUCCGCCGGCACCCCAAUCAGGAAGACACAGAACGCCCCUAAGCGCCGGUCACAACGACAGAUGGACAAAGCAGAGAGGGAGGAGGUUGAAAAAAUCUUAGCUGAGAACCACAAGAAAAUGCAGGAGGAGAGGGCGCAGCUAGAUGGCCGCCAGUUAGUGGUUCCUCUUGUCCCUAUUGCCCAACCUGCCCUGCUAACUGUGGAGAAUGAAAGCCAGGAUGAGUUGGUGGCUGAGGACAGUGAAGGAGCAAAGGAGAAUGACACUGAGGACAAAUUGAAAGGAAGUGAACAGGUGUCAGUGAGAGGACGAGGGAGAGGUCGAGGAAGAGGUAGAGGAAGAGGAAAGGUUGAUGCAGACAGGUUAGGCGGCCAGGAGGUGAAGGGUCGAGGAAGAGGGAAGAAAAGCAUGGAUGGAGAGGCAGAAGGAGGCACUAGAGGAGAGGAAGGAGGAAGAGGAAGACCCAGGGGAAGAGGACGAGGGAAGACUGUCACCAUCGUCACAUCCAGUACUAAUGUGCAGGGAGAGGCGAUGGAUGGGUCUUUAGUCAAAAAGAAGAAGAAGAAGAAACAACUGUGUGUCGUUUUGAAUAGAGAGGAGUGUAAGACAAUCACCUCUCAGGAAGAACUUGAGGAAACAGAGCCCACACCUGCAAACACAGAGCAGGCAGUAGACAUGCAAGAGGAAGUAGAGGAUAAAGUCAAGAAAGUGGUAAAGAAAGCCCCACCAACCCCUAAAAUCAUCCCACAGUUUGAGCCGGCACUGUUCUCAACACCUGACGUCAUGCACAAAGUAGGUGAAGGUCUUCCACCGCAUGCCAUCGUGGUGAAGGGGAACGGGAAGAACAUCAAGACCCAGAAAAUACUCCUCGUCAAAAAGCAGACAAAGAAACAAGAGAAUGCUGUCUCGGCCAUAGGUGUGAAGGAGGAGGCUGAGGCUAUGGAUGUAACUAAUCUUGAACACAAUACAGACCCAGAUAAUGUGGCUGUUAAAGAGGAGGAGGAGGAGGAGGAGGAGGAGGAGGAGGAAGAGGAACAUGAGGAUGAGGAGGAGGAGGAGGAGGAGGAGGUAGAAGAAGAGGAGGAAGAGAGUAAACCAGAUCCAGCUGUGAGAGAGACUGGUAUUUUAAGUGGUGUAAGCAAAGUAGCAAAGAAGAGAGUUCCUGUUGGGGAAGGGAAGUCAAGGGUGAUCCAGGUGAACUGCCCAACAGAAGUGAGGCAGGUUGUGGUGCUGAACUCAGCCAGGACCGGCAUGAAUAAGGAGACCCUGGUGAAGGUCAUCCCACCCAAAGACCCCCCCAAAGAGGAGGAUAAGACAUCACCAGCAAAGGUAAAAAUACCAAAGAAAGAAGGCAAGCAACUGGUUAAAAAGAUAAAUCCAACAACACCAGGAGCAACACCACAAGCAGUGCCAGCAAUGCCAACACCAGCACAGGAAGGGGAAUCAGAGAAAGAAAGUCCAAAUAAAGAGGGGAUCAAAACAGAUCCUCAGAAAAAGCUCAUUAAGAAGAAAAAGUUAGGAUUACAGAAAGGUGGGGAAUUGCACAAGUCCUUUGAGGAUAUUGUGCUUCAGAGGAAAAGGGAAGAGACCCAGAGGAAAAAGGAGGAAAUACAGAGGAGGAGGGAGGAAAUACUUAGGAAACGAGAAGCUAUCAAGAAGCGGAAAGAAAUGAAAGAACAGGAGAUGAAGGAUGCCAUGAUGAAGAAAGAAAUGGAGAAGAACACCCCACCUAAAGAAACACCAAAGAAGGUCAUAAAGGUCCCCAACAGAGUUGUGGUGGUGAAGAAGGAGGUGGAGGAGGGCAAGAAGAAUGGGAUUGAGGCGGCAGGAGGCAAACCACACACGGCAACUCCCACCACCACCAUCAAAGUGAUCCGGAAGGUUGUGCCGCAGUCUGCCCUCGCCUCCCAGGAUGAGUCACCCAUCCGCCGCAGCAACCGAGCCAUCAAAAAGAAAACGUUUGGGGAUGAGAUGCUCACCUACGACUUGAAGGAGGAGCUUGCGUCAGAUGUCAAGGAGGAGGCCGAGGAGGAAGCCAUGGAGGAGGAGAUGGCGGCAAGUGAGGAGGAAGAAGAGGAAUCCAUGGAGGAGGAUGGGGAAGAUGAUGACCCAGAGAGGCUGUGGUGCAUCUGCCAGAAACCUCACAACAACCGGUUUAUGAUCUGCUGUGACCGGUGCGAGGACUGGUUCCACGGCUCCUGUGUUGGGGUCACCAAGGCCAUCGGCCAGCAGAUGGAGGAGGAGGGGCGUGAGUGGGUGUGCCCAAAGUGUAAAAAAACAGAACGUGCAAUGAAGGGAGUAGUGGUCUUGGGAAAGAAGAAACUCGAGAACACACUCAUCACCAAAGCGUUUAACAAUCAGACUGUCAAAGCAGAGCAGCAGACGCCUCUGUCCCCAACCAAGGUAAUCAAGAGGAUUGUUGUGAACAAGCCAGAGGAGACGGAGAACCAGGUGGAGGUCAAGAAGCCAGUGGAUGUCAAGAAACCCCCUGAACGGAAGCUGGGUGGCCUGUCUGGGUUUACUAUUCCAAAGAAGGCAAACAUUGUGCAUGAGAAUGCCACUCAACCCAAGAAGACACUGAGUGAUGAGAAGAAAACUGGAUCUCCACAGGUCAUCAAAGUGGCCCAGAAGAAAAUAGAAGGGGGACGAGAGCCUGUCAUUCAGCCUCGCUUCUGGCAAAAGGUACAAGAGUCAGCCCGGGGUGUGGGACCCUUGGAGAAGACCAAGCCCAAAGUGUUGGUGUACCAGAAGACCACAGGGAAGAUCAUCUCAGGUUCUGAGGCUCCUACUUUUGAGGAGCUGAAGGACUGGCUGAAGGAGCACCCAGACUGUGGUAUCCUUCAGCCAGGGAUGAUGAAUGCCUCAGGGACACUUGUGAGCCAGGCCUCCACCACAUUCAAUAGCCAAAAGAAAGUGAUCCAGGUGGCCAAGUCAGUGACAGCUCCAGUGGGCAGCUCAACGCCACAAAAGGUCACCGUGGUCAAGUCGGCUGAUGGUCGGGUCAUUGUCAAAACCUCAGAGAACUUGGAGAAGGAGGCACUGACCAAGGUGGUGAACACGGUGACCUCACAACCCACUCCAAAGACUGUCAUAGUGAGCACGGUGAAGACUGCCACAUCCAUAGUGAAGGAGGUGGUGGAUGACAAGAAGGAGGUGUCACCCUCAAAGAAAGAAGAGGCGACCCCUGUGAAGACUCCCACGAAGGAACCCAAAAAGCUGUCAGAUAUUGUAACCCAUCCAGCAGCACCACCACUAGUGAAGACGCCACCUGUUGAGAAGAAGAAGGGAGACCACAGUGAAGUCCGGAGCAAUGUGAGGAAAACCCUGACUGAGGUGCUCACCAAGCGGUUCAAGGAGACGCAGGACGAGUUCCCCAGUGUCACUGAGGAUUUCAUCAAGGGUCUAGCCCAUGACAUUGAGAAGGAGCUGUUCCUCUUCUUUGGCAAGGAUGUGGGGAUGAAGUACAAAACCCGCUACAGGAGCAUUCUCUUCAACACAAGGGAUUCCAAGAACACUGGGCUGUACCGCAAGAUUCUGAAGGGAACAAUAUCCCCAUCACAGUUAGCCAAGAUGACUUCUGAGGAACUUGCCUCCAAGGAGCUGCUGGAGUGGAGGGAGAGAGAGGAGAAGAAGGAGCUGCAAGCAAUUGAGAAGCAUGAGCUAGAAAUGAUUGCUCUUGGUAACCAGUACAUCAUGAAGUCUCAUAAGGGAGAAAUUGAGAUUGACAAGGAUGAGUUCAUUAAGGAAAAAGAAAAAGCUCCUGAUCCCCUCAAUGCCUUGCCUCUGGACCCUGUGGCAGAGAUCCUGGAUGACACCACCUCCAAUCACAACAAUCACAUAUAUGAUCUCAACUGUAAGAUAUGCAGCGGCCAACAAGAACCUCCUGCAGAGAAAUCUCACAAGGACAAACCAAGGGAGAGAGACAAGCACAGCAAGGACUCCAAGAGCCGCAGGAACGACGAAGCUGCCAAAGUCCGGGACAGGAAAGAGAGGAAGAGCUCAUCAGACAAAGAGAGGAAAGAGAGAAGGGAGAGUUCAGAUAAAGACAGACACAGAUACCGCAGCAAAGACCACAAGGAAAAGAGUCGGGAUAGGGACCGAGACAGGGACAGAGAGAAGGACAGGCACAAAAGUAGCAAGAGCAAGCAUUCCGAAGACUCCAGGGACAAACAGAGAGAUAGGGAGCGUCACAAGAGCAGCAGCAGUGAUAAAGACAAGGACAGGGAGAGGGAAAGACGGGAUUCCAAGGACAAGAAGCACCGGGAUAAAUACAGGGACAGGCGGGACUCAAAGGAUGAGAAGAGCAGUAAACGGAGGGAGAGUGAAAAGGACGACAGGAAAAGACGUCACAGUGGAUCUCGUAGUGAUGACCGGAGGAGGAGAGAGAGUGAGAAGGAGAAUGCCCGGCAGAGGGACAGUGGGUCAUUAGAGAAGCAGAAAGAUGAGGUUAGCACUAGUGAUGAUGUUGUGUUUGACAUCAUUGGCAAGGAACUGUCUUCCUCCUCGUCGCUUCCUGAUGGCUUUGCUAGGGAUGCUGAACCCUCUUCUACUGUACUGGGGAGUCCAGACAUCCGAGACCCAGCGUCACCCAUAUCAGAUGAGGACAUGGUAGCGCUACCUCCUGACUUGCCUCCCCCAUUGCCUCCAUCCUCCCCCAGUGCUGCCCCGCCACCUCCAACUGAAGCAUAUUCACCAUCCUCACCUCUCAAUUCAGAAAAAUCCCUGAGUCCCCAACCACCACCUGAGAGAGACUCCCUAACACCCCCACCACUACCUGAUGAUGACAUUCCCUCAGCUCCCCCUCUCCCUGACUAUGAUGUUCCCUGCACACCUCCUCCCCCUGACGAGUACAAUCCACACACACCACCCAUGCCAGGCAGUCUCUCGGGGCUUAGGGAGCUGGGUAAAUCUCUGCAUAUUCCUUCAUCUCCACCCUUGGAACGCUCAACUACGCCUCCGUUACCUGAACCUCCCUCCACUCCACCUCUUCCUGCCUCUCUUAACCUCCCUCGGCCAGAUUCCCCCGGCACUCCACCUCUGCCUGGGGGAUCAGUUCCUCAAAUUGGUACCUCAACUCCACCUCACACUCCAAGGGGAUCAACGCCACCUCUCCCGAAGGAAAAGCCAGUGUUGGGCGGCUCCCAGGCAUCUGGUUAUAUGCCUGUCUCCCCGACGUUAUCAGACUACAAUAAGAACUUGGGCAGACUGACUCCCCCCAUUGUAGAGAAAUCUGGUGUGCCCUCCAAGUCAUCAGGUCCUGUGGUUAUUAGCCCAGAUCCUGAGAAUGUAUGGAAAGGAAUCAUUCACAUGCCAGAUGUAGCCAAAUUCAGUGCAUCAGCUUUUGAGGUAUCAGGAAAAGCUAAAUUUCUUCCAAAUGAUGUGCCAAAUACCAUAGAGGUUGUUGGACGCAUUGCUCCUGACAUGGUGUGGAGCUACAUUGCACAAAUGAAGAAGAGUGGAUCCAAGGAAAUUUUAGUGGUUCGCUUUCAACCUGCCAAUGAAGAAGAGAAGGUUUCCUACAUUGCCCUGUACUCUUACCUGUCAUCCAAAAAGAGGUAUGCUGUUAUUGGCAACUGUGGCAAGUCUGUGAAGGAUUUCUAUGUUGUGCCUCUUGCCUCACACCAAACUAUUCCUCAGGUGCUCCUCCCCCUCAAUGGGCCAGGCUUUGAGGAGCAGCGGGCGCACAUGCUCAUUGGGGUGAUAGUGCGAGCCAAGAGCAAGAGAGUGUUUGACCACACCACUGGCAACUGGAAGGUUGUCAGUGGGGGCCAAAGUGGGCCUACCAUUAAAGUCAAUGAAACAUCAGACCGAAGUUGUACUCCACCCCUUCCCACUGAUGAAGACAUUCAGGAAAUAGCCCUGGCAGCCAAGGAAGCUGAGGACUUUGAGCUGCUAGAAUACCAAGAGUCAAGGCCACACAAGCGACGAGCCAAGGGUGGUGGGGAGACCUCUCAGGCCAAGAAGAGGAUGGUGGCUUCAAGGGACCAGUCCUCUGACUCCAACUCAAUUAUUGAUGAAGAACCCAACAGUCCACCUGAAGAUAGCUAUGUGGAGGCUUCUCUAGAUCAAGAGUCUAUGCUUGCAGAACUCAAUCGACAAAUUGAGGAACACAAAAAAGAGCUGAGUGAGAUGCAAAAGACAAUUGGGAAUGAUGAGGAUGAACCUUAUAGUCCUUCUCAUGCUGACAGCCCCACUCCUGAAGGUGAACAGUUGAAACUUGAUACCUCCAAAAUUAGUAUUCCAGCUAAUUUACAGGAAAUAUUAGAUAAUAUUAGAGAAAAAGAAGCAGAAAUCAAACAGAAAGAACAAGAAAUUAAGAGGCGAUUAAGUUUAACAUCAGAUCCCAUUGUAAUGAACUAUGGUAAAUAUCAUGCUUAUGAGAAAAAGAAAGAAAAAAUAGUCACUAGUCCAGGUAAGGAUGUUGAUCUCAGACCUUUGCUUCACACUAAGUCAAAUAAAGACACUAAAACAGAUACAGAUUUGAGAGUUUUAAAGGCAACAACGGAAGAGAAAAAGUCGGAGAAAGUUGAAUCUGUUACAAAACAAGAGGAAGAUGUGGACCUUCGCAUUAGAGACCCUCGUUUGGCCAGGGCUCAGGCUCAGGCCUCUGCUGCUGCUGCUGCUGCUGCUGCUGCCACUGCAGCUCCUGCCUCUUCCACCACAGACAGUUCAGAAAAGGGUAAAACCUUAAGUAAAAUGACUGAUGAGGAGUUACUGGCCAAAGCCUUAGAGAUGGAAGACAGUAGUUCCAGCAGCAGGCAGACUGUUCCUGAAGCUGGUGCAGAAUCUCAGUUCCAUCCAGUCAUGCCAGUACCUCCUCCCUUCAUUCCACCAACCAUGCCAGCAGGUUUUGUACCCCCUGGAGGACCCAUAGUGGGGCCUGACCCUAGGGCAGGUCCUAUGCCUCCUCCCAUGCCCCCUGGUCCCCCUCCCUUUAUGGGUUCAGUGAGUCUUCCUUCCAUGGACAUGUAUGGAUCACAAGGAUCAAGAAUACCAGGUCCACAUGGUCCUCCAAGUUUUUCAGGUCAUGUUCCUCCAGGGGCAGGACCUGGACCAGGACCUGGACCAGGGCCAGGGCCUGGACCAGGGCCUGGACCACAUGCAUCAGGAGGGUUCUCAGGGCCACCUGGCCCACAAAGGCAAAAUUACCCAGGCCCAGCCUGGGAGGGAGGCCAGGGCUACAGUGGCAGGGGGUGGGGACCAGACUAUAGGGACAGGGAUAGGGACCGGGAUUGGGACAGGGACAGGGAUUGGGAUCGAAACCGGGACUGGGACCGAGACAGGGACUGGGACAGGGAUAGGGACUGGGAUCGGGAGAGGAACUGGGAUUGGGACAGGGAAAGGGAGAGGGACUGGGAGAUGCGUCAUGGCAGGGACACAGGGCAUUCAAGGUAUCAGUACAAAGGGAGGAGGAAUGACGGGAAAGGAAAAGGCCGGGAUAGGAAUAAGGACAAGCCUGAGAAGGAAAAGGAAGCUCCCCAAAAGGAGAGUGAAGGCAGUGGGGAAGAUGGAUCUUUUCAUGAAAUUGAUUAUUAAUUUGAUUUUUUUUUUUUUAAAUGUGACAUUGUGUAAAUGUUAUAGCAAGGGUCCACAUAAGUUACUGUAAGUACCUAUGUAUGUCUUGAAUGAAACAGUAACAUGAAGUAUUUCCCUUUGAAUCAUAUAUUUUAUUGUCACAUUAUCAAAAAUGUUGUAAUUGCUCAUAUUGGGCAUAUAGGGACAAAUGUACAUAUUUCUUUGAAUACUUUAACUGACCAGUUAUCAAGGCAAUUUUUGUAUUGUGCAGAGUGGUGUGAAUGUGUGAAAAUAUUGGGUCCAGCUUGUAUGCCGAAGAGAAAUACAGGUCAGUAUAGAAGUAGAGCAGCAUGAGGUUUUCUAGGACUUUAUAAAGGUGUCAGCUUUGUCUAUAUCUAAAUGUUCAAUGUACCCAGAAUACAAGAAGAAAAGCCACAUUGUGAACCUAGAUUUAUUUUUACCAAUGGGAUGAAUGUUAACAUUUGUAAAUAUGUAUUACAGAAUUUUAGUUUUAAACAAUUUGGACUUUUUAUGUAAUUAUAUAUAUAUAUAUAUAUAUAUAUAUAUAUAUAUAUAUAUAUAUAUAUAUAUAUAUAUAUAUAUAUAUAUAUACACACACACACACUCAUGCAUACUUGUUAGUUAAUGAUUUGGCACCUCAUCUCACCUCUUCUACUGGAUCAGCCUGGAACAGAUGGGAUGGGAUCUGUUUUAGUGUAAUAAAAUUUUUCAUAAAAUAGACUUGGCAUGAAUGUGUUCUGCAAUAGGCAAGCUGCGGCAUCUACACAGCAUCCUGUGUGUUACCUGCACCACAAGGCAUGGCUGCGGUGAAGUAUUGGUGGAGUUGCUGGUGUGGCAGUAUUGUGGCGGGAGAUGAAGUAGUCAUGGUUAUCCUGGUGGGUGUGAUCACAACAAAUAUAGUUCAUAAGUCUUAAUUUUAUAUUUAUAUAUAGAUAUAUAUAAAAUAUAUAUGUACAUUUCUGGACAUAGAAGAGCAGGCAUUCAUUGGAAAAGUUGUUGAAAGGUUUUAUUGUUACAAGAAUUAAUAUUUUAACCAACGUACUGCUGAUGUCUUGUCCCAGAAAAAUAAAACUUAAUUUUUUGUUCAAGCAUUUUCCAUUCCCUAAGAAACACUUGCAGUUUCCUAGAAUGAAAUGUUAAAAUCCUGAGUAACUUUGACAAGCCAAUCUAGAGUGGAUGCCUGCUUUCUGUGUGUCACUUGGUGGGGGGAGUGAAGCACACUAACCCUGCUGGAUACCUGGUGUACAAUGCCUGUGUGUUAUCAUUGUGCAGUAAUGCUCUAUACAGACCAUAAACUUAUAAGCUGCUCCAUGUGUUCCCCUAUUAGUAUAUGUUAGGUCAACAUUAGCACAUGAUUCAUUUGUCUGCUUUACUACAUUUAUUGUACUAUGCAACAUUGAGUAAUGGAAUUAAUGUAUGAUAUAUUUUGUCAUAAAGGUUAUUUACUCAGCUUGUAAACAUAUAUUAUUGCACACCGUGAUAGAGUUCUUGAGUGCUGUCAGCAUGAUUCUUUACCUGAGCAACAUUUCCUGUCUGUGCAGCACCCAUCUUAUUAAUUCACAUGUAUGUGCUGCUCAUAGCAAUUUAUCACCUGUGUUUUCACAUUGCCUAAUGUUUUGGAUGGAUAUUUUUUUUCUGACACUCAUAGUGUUGUGCUUUUCAUAUUAAGUGAUUAUAUGCAUUAUUGUAUUUUCAGUAGAAAUUAUUACUUAGGGCAGUUUUGGUUUGAAUGACACAUUUUCAAUUUCUUUCAUAGAUUUUUUUUGUUGUUUUUUUGUUUUGUUUUUGUCUUCAAUAAAUAGGUGCUGAAGAUG